AUGCAGACCGUGCUGGCCCGCAGCCCGUUCAGCUGCUCACAUGCAGUGAACCGCCGCAGAUUUGUGGUGGUUCGCGCCGAGGCCCUGGAAAUCCCCACCGGCUUCAAGCAGAUCAUCCCCAAGGGGGAGCGCGUCCUGGUCAAAGUGGGGCAGCAGGAAGAGAAGACCCGCGGUGGCAUCCUGCUCCCGAUAUCGGCGCAGAAGCGACCCACGUCAGGCGAUAUCGUGUCGCUGGGUGACGGCCGCCUUGGCGAUGGCAGCGUGCGGCCGUUCUACCUCCAGAAGGGCCAGACGGUGCUCUACUCCAAGUUUGGUUUCAUGUACCAGGACCUGAAGCUGGGGGAGGACGAGUACAUCCUCAUACGCGAGGAUGACGUCAUCGGGGUCAUGCCGCGGACCAACGCCCAGGCGGAGGACAUUCCGGAGCUGCAGCCGGUGGGGGACCGUGUGCUUGUGCGGGUGGAGGACGCUGCUGACGUCACACUGGGCGGCGUGGUGCUGCCCGACAGCGCCAAGGAGCGGCCCCUGAGCGGUACCGUGGUGCGUGCGGGUCCUGGCAAGUACGACAAGGACGCGGAGGGCGGCCGCACCAAGCCCGUGGUGCAGGAGGGCGACCGCAUCCUGUACUUCAAGUAUGCUGGAGACAACAUGGAGACCCCUUCCGGCGAGAAGUUCAUCGUGCUGCGGGAAGACGACAUCCUCUGCAAGGCCUGA